GGACUUCCGCCCCCGCCCCCUCCCCCUGCCGCGUCGCCUUGUCCUCUUCGCCUGAGGCAAGACAGCUAGUCUCGCGCUCUCUGCCUUGCAGCACCACGGGAUCUGAGUGACGCGGGCUGCGGAAGCCAGAGCCGUGCAGACCGCGUCUCUGUCUCCUCGCCUGUCGUCUGUCUCCCCUUCUCUCGCUCUUCUCUCCGCCUCGUCAGGCUCGCCCAGAGAGCGAGUGGCAAGAUGGCGGCGCCCAGGAUGCCACCCUCCCGGCUGUCGGGCAUCAUGGUGCCAGCACCUAUCCAGGACCUGGAGGCCCUGCGCGCGCUCACGGCGCUCUUCAAGGAGCAGCGUAACCGGGAAACAGCACCCAGAACGAUCUUCCAGAGAGUCCUGGAUAUCUUAAAGAAAUCCACUCAGGCUGUUGAGCUGGCCUGCAGAGAUCCCUCCCAAGUGGAGCACCUGGCUUCCAGUCUUCAGCUGAUCACCGAGUGCUUCAGAUGCCUUCGUAAUGCUUGUAUAGAGUGUUCUGUGAACCAGAAUUCAAUCAGGAACCUGGAUACCAUUGGAGUUGCCGUUGAUUUGGUUCUUCUCUUUCGUGAACUUCGGGUGGAACAAGACUCUUUGUUGACAGCUUUCCGCUGUGGCCUGCAGUUUUUAGGCAACGUUGCCUCACGGAAUGAAGAUUCCCAGUCCAUUGUUUGGGUCCACGCCUUCCCAGAACUCUUCAUGUCUUGCUUAAAUCAUCCAGACAAAAAGAUUGUUGCCUACUGUUCCAUGAUUCUGUUCACAUCUCUUAAUUCUGAAAGGAUGAAGGACCUGGAAGAGAACCUCAAUAUUGCAAUUAACGUCAUAGAAGCUCACCAAAAGCACCCAGAGUCAGAGUGGCCGUUCUUGAUCAUUACAGACCACUUUCUGAAAAGCCCGGAAUUGGUGGAAGCUAUGUAUGGCAAACUCAGCAAUCAGGAAAGGGUCACACUGUUAGACAUCAUGAUAGCCAAGAUCGUGGGUGACGAGCAGUUGACAAAGGAUGACAUCUCUAUAUUUUUGCGCCAUGCUGAGUUGAUUGCAAACUCAUUCGUGGAUCAGUGUCGGAAUGUGCUGAAGUUGACCUCAGAACCUCAGACGGAGGACAAGGAAGCACUGGUUACGAUUCGGCUCCUGGAUGUCUUGUGUGAAAUGACGUCCAACACUGAGCUGCUCGGCUACCUGCAGGUUUUUCCUGGCCUGAUGGAACGCGUGAUUGAUGUUUUACGAGUGAUUCAUUCAGUUGGAAAAGAUAGCACGAACAUCUUCAGUCCCUCCGACUCUCUAAAAGCAGAGGGUGAUAUCGAACACAUGACUGAAGGGUUUAAGUCUCACCUCAUCCGUCUGAUUGGAAAUCUGUGCUACAAGAAUAAAGAAAACCAAGACAAAGUGAAUGAGCUGGAUGGCAUUCCUCUGAUCCUGGACAGCAGCAACAUCGAUGACAACAACCCCUUUAUGAUGCAGUGGGUGGUGUAUGCCGUGCGAAAUCUCACUGAAGACAACAGCCAAAACCAAGAUUUCAUUGCCAAGAUGGAGGAGCAGGGGUUGGCAGAUGCGUCCCUACUGAAGAAGAUGGGCUUUGAGGUUGAGAAGAGUGGGGACAAACUGAUUCUGAAGUCCAAUAAUGACAUCCCCCCACCUGUGAGUACCCUCUGUAAGCUGUCCCCAGUCCCUCCCAGAAAGCUGUCCCUGCAACCCUGUGACCUUGGAAGUGAAAGGUCUUUGUAGGGAACAUGGAAGACAAGAGAAGCUGCCUUCUGACGUUACCGGCAGCAGUGACUAGCACUGCAGUAACUCUAUGGUCAGGUCUGUGAUGUCAUUUCCUUAGAACUACAGCUCGCGCAGAGCACAGCAUACAAACGAGGCUGAAAUGGAUCCACUGCAGAAGCAAGUUCCUGACCAGAACCAGGCUUUCCUUUAGGGAGCAGAGGUCACUGCAUUGGCUCGUGUGCUGAUGCAUACGACCUCUAAGGCUCUCCCAGUUCCCCGUGAGCAUGCUGAAUGCAGAGCUCUGCGCUCCCCCGUCUGAUGUUCUUGUAAGUAGAUGUGCUGUGUCUAUGACGCUGUUUCUGUUUUUUCCUUAGUGAAUGCCCUCUUCGUCUGAACACACUCAGAUUCCAUCUCACGGACCUCUCGUCUCUGCGGUGUAUGAACUCAGAAGUAUCGGAAGUGUAGGCGCCGAUGCGGGGCCUCCCGUCAGUUCUUUAGAAUUAAUGUGUGUAAGCUACAAGUGAGCGUUUUCUUUAGUUCUCUGCAGUGAGUAUCACUGUCUGCCUCACCUUUGUUCCUCUGGGUGGGACUCUUCCCAGUCAUAUGCAUUGUGCUUACUGUCGUAGUGAGUAAUAAACGUUUUUGUGGGCACAGCCCUCACUCGGCAAA